GGCCCGCGACUACUGCGCCUGUGGACCUCGGACCGGAUGGCUGGAAGACUGCUGACGCGGUUUGUGAGCUGGACCUUGCCGUCGGCGUCCGGCGCAGUGGGCACCGCGGUCAGGGGGACGCGCCGGUUUUACCGGACCGCUGUCGGGAGGACCGCCGCCGCCCCGACCAGCGGAAGAGCUGCGUUCCUCCUGGGGCUCCCUGCGCUCUCCUGCCUGGGCUACGAGGCUUAUCGCCGGGUGCGGACUUCAGCCGUGCUCCACGCUGCAGGAAAAGAGGAGGUUUUGGAGCAGGCUGACUACCUGUACAGCUGUGCAGAGACGGAGAAACUCUACCGGCUGCUGCUGCACUACAAGGACAGCGACGACGCCGAGUUCCUGUGGAGGCUGGCCCGGGCGUCUCGGGAUCUGUCCCUCCUGCCCGACGUGGAGGCCGAGCGCAAGAAGCAGCUGGUGUUCGGGGCCUUCGAGUUCGCCAAGAGGGCGCUGGAGAAAGACGACGGGUGCUUCGCAGCGCACAAGUGGUACGCCGUGUGUCUCAGUGAUGUCGGGGACUACGAGGGAGUCAAGGUGAAAAUUGGGAACUCGUACAUCAUCCGGGAACAUCUAGAGAGGGCCGUCGAGCUCAACCCCAGAGACGCCACCUCCUUACACAUCCUGGGUCACUGGUGCUUUGCGUUUGCCGAGCUGCCGUGGUACCAACGCAAGGUGGCUGCUGUCAUUUUUUCAUCACCACCCGUGUCCACAUAUAAGGAGGCUUUGGAAUUCUUCCUGAAAGCCGAGGAAGUUGACCCUGACUUCUACAGUAAAAACCUGCUAAUGCUGGGAAAGACCUACAUGGCCAUGAAGGACAAGCAGAAAGCACUGCACUGGUUAACCAAAGCGCGAGAGUACCCUGCCCGCACACCGGAAGACAAAGAGGUCCAUAAAGAAGCCAUCGACCUCCUGAAGAAGCUGGGAUGAAGCCCCGUUUACCACCGAGUGGAACACGACGCCUUUCACCACUUCAGGAAUGUUUAGUAAUUGCCAACAAAGUGUGUUGUUCCUAUUAUUUUGUUUUCUGUUUUCUUUUUUUAAUUAUUGAUAGUGGAAUUGUAAUAAGUGACCUGAACUCACUCAUUCCUUUGAGAUGAUAGGCCUGUGUCGAAACAUCCAGCUUGUGGUUGAUGUAAAACCACAAUACAAGUACAAAUCCAGGAUACGUUACAUGAUCAGUCGCUGUAUCUGUUGAAGCAAACAACACAUUUUGUGUUUUAAGGGAAAAAGCUGCAUAUUGUAAGUGACAUUUUUAGAACUUGUCCAUGUUUUAAUUGAGAGAAAUGUGACCAAUGUCACCACCAACCUGUAUCUGUAUAACAGUUCAAGCACAAGUAGCUGGUUUCUCCGAUUCAGUAAAUGUUACUCAAGUUUUCUGCA